AUGCAGGAGAGAACCAUGGCGGCCACUGAGAUAGCACGACAAGCGGGAGAGGGUGCACGUGCUGUCCCACUCUCUGGUCAUGUUGGCUUUGACAGCAUGCCGGACCAGCUGGUCAACAAGUCCGUCAACCAUGGUUUCUGCUUCAAUAUCCUCUGUGUGGGGGAGACGGGUUUGGGAAAGUCAACCCUCAUGGACACCCUGUUUAACACCAAAUUUGAGGGCGAACCUACACAGCACAAUCAGCCUGGAGUGCAGCUCAAAUCCAACACUUAUGAGCUGCAGGAGAGUAAUGUCCGACUCAAGCUCACUGUGGUCAACACUGUAGGAUUUGGAGACCAGAUCAACAAAGAGGACAGUUACAAGUCUAUUGUGGAGUUCAUCGAUGCUCAGUUUGAAGCGUACCUUCAGGAGGAACUGAAGAUUAAACGCACACUACACAGUUAUCAUGAUACACGGAUCCACGCUUGCCUGUAUUUCAUUGCUCCCACUGGACAUUCGCUUAAGUCCCUUGACCUGGUGACUAUGAAGAAGUUGGACAGUAAGGUAAAUAUCAUCCCCAUCAUUGCCAAAUCAGAUGCCAUUUCAAAGAGUGAACUUGCCAAGUUCAAAAUCAAGAUCACGAGUGAGUUGGUGAGCAAUGGCGUCCAGAUCUACCAGUUUCCCACUGAUGAUGAGACCGUGGCGGAGAUCAACUCAACUAUGAAUGGUCAUUUGCCUUUUGCAGUGGUGGGAAGCACUGAGGAAGUGAAGAUUGGGAACAAGAUGGUGCGAGCACGCCAGUACCCAUGGGGAACCGUCCAGGUGGAGAAUGAGAAUCACUGUGAUUUCGUGAAGCUGAGAGAGAUGCUGAUCAGGGUCAACAUGGAGGACCUGCGGGAGCAGACCCACACUCGCCAUUAUGAGCUUUAUCGCCGUUGCAAACUGGAAGAGAUGGGAUUCAAAGACACUGACCCCGAUAGCAAACCUUUCAGCCUUCAGGAAACAUAUGAGGCCAAGAGGAAUGAGUUCAUGGGUGAGCUUCAGAAGAAAGAGGAGGAGAUGAGGCAGAUGUUUGUCCAGAGAGUCAAAGAGAAGGAGGCAGAGCUGAAAGAGGCAGAAAAGGAGCUGCAUGAGAAGUUUGAUCGCCUCAAGAAACUUCACCAGGACGAGAAGAAGAAACUGGAGGACAAGAAGAAGUCUCUUGAUGAUGAGCUGAACGGCUUCAAGCAGAAGAAAACUGCUGCCGAGCUGCUGCAGUCACAGAACCAGCAGCCAGGGGGCUCCGCCACACUCAAGAAGGACAAAGAGAGGAAAAACUUCUUUUAACUCUGUCUUGGCCACCUGUUGGAAGAGGGGAUCGCAGCUUCCACAAGAACUAAGCAUCCGCUCUUCUUCCUGUCUUUGUCACUCCGUCAGCCUUGUUUGAAUGUUUUAUUUAAUUUUUUUAUUUCAUGCUGUGUGCCCUGUUAAACAUGGCCUUAUGUGGGCUUAACAUGGUAUUUUUCAACAAAUAUUAGCUCUGUUUUUUAAUUGGGGUUUGCUAAGCAGUCCCUCUUUAGUAUUUUUACAGGCAUCAUUUGCUGGUGACAACAGAGCCAAAGCUCUGGUAGAAAGGCUGUGAAGUAAAGAAGUGUUUAAGUUUAGCUUUUUGCAUCUGUGAUAUUGCCUUGCAGUCUCAAUCAACCAAUCAUUUAGUUGCUUUUACGAGUUCAUGUGUUUGUGAAUGAACCUGCAUGUGAAGAUUAACACAGUUUUAACUGUGAAGAAUGAAUGCAUACUAACUUAUUUGCAAACUCUACAUUUUAGGAUGUGAACUAAGUUCAGCAAGAUUAUCUUUAAUAAGACUUUUUGACACACUGGCUGUGAAUAUUGAGCAAAUCCAAAGACAAUGGGCCUGAACGUUAUUGCUUGCUAAUGCAGCAAAAUCUUAAGUCAGAGAUAUUUAAGGAGUUUAUUUGUUUUAUCUGAGAGCAUGAGUUAAAUAGAAGCAAAAUCUGAGAGGUUUGUAUUGUAUGUUUUGUAAUGCCCUAUACAUUUUACAGCACACAUUUCAAGUCUUAAAUAGUCACAGCAAUAUAGUUACACUUAUUUUAAUUAUAUUAUCUUCGAGAGUAAUAGAGCAUCUAUUGAAAUACCAUGUAGGUCACAUUCAGUGCCAUUUUUAUAUUCUUUAUCUUCUGUUCUUCUGCAUGGCCUGAACAUUUAUAUUUAAUUUCUUAUUUCGUUUUGUUUAUAUAGAGAGUUAAUCUUUACUUUGACAUAUUUACUCUUCUUUGGAUCAUUUAUUCUAGGUACAGUGUGCAUUCAGUUUCUAAAUGGAAUUUCCCAUUUUGCCAAAUAUUGCAUUUAGAUAUACGUCAAGGUUUUUUUUUUUUUUUGUCAUUUAAUGCAAGUCAGUUACGAGGUACAGAUGUUCAUGCAUAUGUGCAGUACAUAUACUUUUUUUCAGGACCUAUUUUGCGUAUCAGUGUUGAGACAUGUUUCAAUGAUUAUUGACAAGUGACUGUUUUCUGUGUAAAACAUUUUGAGUGUCAAAACUGGUCUACAUUUUUCUAGUCACCUUCUACAUUUCCCCAUUUAUGUCAAUUACCCUCAUCCUUGUAAUACCAGAAAUUUGUGAAAUAUUUAUCUGUAGUAAGAUUCCAUGGUGUACAUUUUCAAUAAAAUGACAAUAAAUCAA